AUGGCAUCUGCCCGAGCUAAGUUGGCGGAGUUGCGUGCUCUGCGCGCUUCAGGAAAGAAACGUAUAUCGACGUAUGAGGUUGAAGAACAGGAUGAUAUCUACGAGGAGGUCGACGAUGAAGGCUACAAGAAGAUUAUCCGCAACCGGCUUGACGAGGACGAUUUCGUUGUUGACGAUAAUGGUGAAGGAUAUGCCGAUGACGGUCGAGAGGUCUGGAAUGAACGGACGGCAGACUACUAUGAAAGCGAGAGCGACGAUGGCGAAUUACCUGCCAACAACAAGGCUGCUAAAAGGAAACGCGAGGAAGAUAAGCAGAGAAAAGAGAAAAUCAAUAAUGGCAUAUCCAAGUAUUUCAACAAGGGGAGCAACGCAUCUGCCCCGAAGCCGAAACCGGUCGCCACUGCAGAAGAUGAAGAAUUCAUGGCUGAUCUCCUCGGUGAAGUUGAUACCAAUGUUGUCUCAAAUCAUGUCCCAACACAAAAUGUGAUCAAGUCGGAAACUCGACGUAAAGUUCGAGUCCUUUCCCCCCCUUUGUCCCACAGACCACGUCCGCAGAAAAAAGAGAUGAAAGAUGAGAACAGCGACCCGAUGUCACCGAUUGGCCAGAAGCCGGACUUGGACCUUGACAACGAUGGCGGGCCUCUUCCGGUGGCAGACGAUGACGACGUCCCAAUGAGCGACCCCAUGCCGUCGUCUCCCGUCAGCAAGGCCAUUGAAAGGAAAUCGGCUAUUGCGGUAAAAAUGGAGGAUCUUGAUGAAGAGGACAAUGAUUUGAUGGAAAUCGCAGAGGUCACCGGGCAACACGAGGCUAAGACGACAAGCGUCAACAUGACCGGAAGUCGGCCACCACCCAAGAUCAAAAAAGAAGCCUAUUCCACCCCUGCGAACUCUUCCCCAGUCAAAGCCAUGCCAGAAGUUGCAAAUGCUUCAUGGAAUGAUGUGAGGAACAAAUUGAAUGUCCUUAGUAGCCCAGCAUCGGAAACGCGGACGUUCGGAAAACUACGUGCGCAAGAUGUUGUGGAGGAAGACGGAAGCCUGCGCAUGUUCUGGAUAGAUUUCACCGAAGUCAAUGGCAGCCUCUGCUUAUUCGGAAAAGUUAAAAAUAAGCAGACUGGAAACUACGCAAGCGCAUUCGUCAAGGUCGACAAUAUUCUGCGGAAGCUCUAUUUCCUUCCACGGGAGUAUAGACAUAAGCAUGGCCGGGACACAGACGAAGAAGUGGAUAUGGAAGAUGUCUAUAAUGAAGUUGACGGUAUGAUGUCGAGACUCAAGGUUGGGAUGCACAAGAUCAAGCCAUGCACAAGAAAGUAUGCUUUUGAGAUGCCCGGCAUUCCCAAGGAGACCGAAUACUUGAAGUUACUAUACCCAUAUGAUAAGCCCGCUUUGCCCAUGGAGACCAAGGGAGAGACCUUCUCUCAUGUCUUCGGCACCAACACCUCCUUGUUCGAGCAGUUCGUUCUUUGGAAGAAUAUCAUGGGACCAUGUUGGCUCAGGUUUGAAGGAGUAGACUUCUCUGCUGUCAACAACGCGUCAUGGUGCAAGUUCGAAUGCCAAGUCUCUAAACCAGCGCUUAUUUCCCCAGUUCCAGACUCCGAGAACUUAGAGGCACCUCCUCUCACUUUGAUGAGUCUUGCCUUCAGGACACAGUUGAACGUAAAGGAAAACAAACAGGAGAUUUUGAUCGCAAGCGCUCGAGUGUACGAAAAUGUUUCUCUUACAGACACAACACCUCCCGAGAAGCUGCCUUGCAAGACUUUCACGGUGAUGCGACCUGUGGGCUCAUCGUACCCCAUGCAUUUCGAAGCUGAGACCAAGAAGCAACGAGGCACGUAUAUUUUAGAGCGGAGCGAGCAAUUUUUGCUCAGUAAAUUCUUGGCAUUGUUCGAGAAGAUGGAUCCUGAUGUUGUGAUGGGACAUCAGCUUCAAGAAGUCGACCUUAGCAUCCUGCUUAGCCGAUUGAAGGAAAAGAAGACACCUGGGUGGCAUCGACUGGGGCGGUUGAAGCGUGGAGAUUGGCCUAAGAAUUUUAACAGGGGUGGAGGAUUCUUCGCCGAGAGACAUCUCAUUGCCGGAAGAUUGAUGUGCGAUGUGGCCAACGACAUGGGCAAGUCCCUCAUGAUGAAAUGUCAAUCGUGGAGUCUGACGGAGAUGUGCAACCUUUAUCUUGGAUCAGGCCAUGUACGGCAGGAAUUGGAUAGCGAAGCAGCAUUGAAAACUUGGGCUACCACCAAAGAUGGCCUAAUGAACUUCGUGAACCAUUGCGACGCUGAUACCUACUUUGUUGCCGCAUUGGUACUACGACUUCAAAUGCUGCCUCUAACUAAAGUGCUUACCAAUAUUGCCGGUAAUUCUUGGGCACGUACGCUUAGUGGUACACGAGCCGAGCGUAACGAGUACAUUCUACUCCACGAGUUCCACCGGAAUAAGUAUAUAUGCCCUGAUAAGUACUCGGCCAAGCUACAGAAAGCGGAAGAAAAACUACAGGAUGGCGAUGACGAUGAUGCCACGGACAAGAAAAAGAAAGACAAGUACAAAGGUGGACUUGUUUUCGAACCUGAGAAAGGACUCUACGAUCGAUUCAUUCUUGUGAUGGACUUUAACAGUUUGUACCCGAGUAUCAUCCAGGAAUACAACAUCUGCUUCACGACCGUGGAGCGGACUGCAACCGCUGAAAACGAGAAUGAAGAGAAAGUACCUGAAGUUCCCUCCUCGGAUCAAGAACAGGGAAUCCUCCCACGGCUUAUUGCUACACUUGUCGGCCGCCGACGAGAGGUGAAAAAGCUAAUGAAAGACAAACGCGCAACACCUGAACAGCUUGCGCUGUGGGAUACAAAACAAUUGGCUUUCAAGCUGACUGCUAACUCUAUGUAUGGAUGCUUGGGUUACACCCAGAGUCGCUUCUAUGCUCGUCCCCUGGCCAUGCUCACCACGUUCAAAGGUCGUGAGAUUUUAAGAAGCACAAAGGAACUGGCCGAAUCGAAGCAGUUGCGGGUCAUUUACGGUGAUACCGACUCCGUCAUGAUUAACACUAAUAUGGAUACGCUAAGCGACGCGCUGAAGGUCGGAGAGGAAUUCAAGAAAUCUGUGAAUGAAAGAUACCGGCUUUUGGAAAUCGAUAUUGACAAUAUCUUCCGUCGGCUGCUAUUGCAUGCCAAAAAGAAGUACGCCGCUAUAAACAUGACGGAGAUGGAUGGCAAAUAUGUAGACAAGCUGGAAGUCAAGGGCUUGGAUAUGAAGAGGCGUGAAUACUGCGCCCUGUCAAAGGAGGUAUCUCAGAGGCUCUUGAAUGAGGUUCUCUCCGGCGAAGACCAAGAGGUCGUCCUCAAUCGGGUCCAUGACUAUCUACGUGACUUGGCAGGCAAGAUGCGAGAAUUCACCGUUCCCGUCCAGAAAUAUGUGAUUUACACUAAACUCUCUAAACGACCGGAAGAAUAUCCUAACAAGGAGACGAUGCCACCUGUUCAGGUUGCCCUCCGGGAGCUUGCCCGCGGCAAGUCAGUCCGGCCAAACGAUGUUAUCUCGUACAUUGUGACGAGUGGAGACACCGAAACAUCCUCCCUUGCGCCAGCAAAGCGCUCGUACACACUUCAGGAUGUGAUGAAACCCGAUUCAGGACUCAACCCUGAUAUUGAAUUUUACCUCUUGAAGCAGAUUUUCCCGCCGAUUGAGCGUCUUUGUGCUCCAAUUCCUGGAACCGAUGCGGUUCGACUGGCCGAGUGCCUGGGUCUGGAUGUCCGCAAGUAUCAAAUCAAUACUUCUAGCGGUGGUAACCAGCAGAACACGGACAUCUUCCCACUGGAGUCGCAAAUUCCGGAUUCUGUUCGCUUUGAGGGUGCCGCAAGAUUAACGUUGACAUGUCGAUUCUGUAAAGAGAAAUCUGUCUUCGAAGGACUUGCAGCAUCAACCCACAUGUGCAACGCCAAUGGUCUUUUCUGUCCGAAUGCCGCUUGCCAGAAACAGUUCACUGUUUUGACGAUUAUUGCACAGCUCGAAAGCCAGAUUCGGGCCCAAACCUCCAAGUACUACGAGGGCUGGCUUGUCUGCGACGACUCCGCAUGCGGUAAUCGAACGCGGCAGAUGAGUGUUUAUGGGCAUAGGUGCCUGGGUCCCCGGGGCCACGCUGAAGGCUGUCUUGGUCGGAUGUCCUACGAAUACUCGGAGAAGCAGCUUUACAACCAGUUGCUGUACUUUGCUGGACUUUGGGAUGUGGAUAAGGCGCGGGUCGCCGCAGAGAAGGAAACCAGUGGGGAGAAGAAAGACAGUGUCGUUGCUCUUGCUUCGUUUAACCGCGCACGGUUUGAGACGGUUAAGAGCGUGGUGGACGCGUACCUGAAGAAGUGCGGGCGGCAAUGGGUUGAAAUGGAUAGUCUGUUCCGGCACUCUGCCGUCAUGUCGGUGAAACGAGUUUUGGUUAUCGCAGGUUCGGACAGCUCAGGUGGCGCUGGCCUGGAAGCGGACCAGCGGGUUUUAGCUGCGCAUGGAUGCUAUGCUCUAACUGCGACCACUGGACUGACAGCCCAGAACACUCUGGGUGUACAGGAUAUCUUCAUUGUCCCGGCUGAGUUCGUCAAGAAACAAAUCUAUGCCGGUCUUGAAGAUAUCGGAGCGGAUGCCGUGAAGCUUGGGAUGCUUUCGUCCGCAGAGACAAUUGAUAUUAUCGCCGAAACGCUGGUGACCCACCAAGUUCCGUCGGUGGUGUUGGAUCCGGUGAUGGUCUCGACUAGUGGCUCUAAACUACUCCCUGAAGCGGCCGUAGAAAAAUUGCGGACGAAGCUUCUGCCAUUGACGACCGUUCUUACCCCCAAUAUUCCCGAAGCGAAGCUGCUACUGAAGGACGCCGGUCUAGACGUACCUGAGCCAGAAGGCCUCUCAGAUGUUCUUCAUUUAAUCAAGCAAGUCAAGGCCCUAGGCCCCAAAGCUGUUCUUCUCAAGGGCGGGCAUCUGCCUCUCACCAAAGAUCAUAAAACGGCGCGCAACCAAGACGAGGCUACCACAGUUAUAGAUGUGCUUUACGAUGGAGAAGAUGUGACACUCUUUGAGACAGACUUUUUACUAUCUAAGAAUACCCACGGCACCGGAUGCUCUCUUGCGUCUUCGAUUGCAGCUAACCUUGCCUUGGGCAAAGAUCUGAAGCGAGCAGUGCAUAGUGCUGUUCGGUUCGUCGAGGCAGGAAUCAAGACCAGCUUUGAUAUUGGGAAGGGAAGCGGUCCAAUCAACCAUUUCCACUCAGUGUAUACGCUACCUUUUGCACCUGGUCGUUUCUUAGAAUAUGCCCUAGACCGCCCUGAUAUUCGCCCGGUAUGGCAGAAGUUCACUGAACACGAAUUUGUUUUGGGCAUGGGUAGUGGCACACUUCCCGUGGAGAGAUUCAAGGAGUACCUAGUGCAGGAUUAUCUGUACCUGGUCCAGUUCGCUAGAAGCAAUGCGCUCGCGGCUUACAAGGCUAAGAAUAUGGAAUCCAUUGCUGCAUCGGCGCAGAUCGUCCUACACAUCCAGCGCGAAACAGCGUUGCACUUAGAUUAUUGUGCCUCCUUCGGGCUAUCAAAACAAGAGAUGGAAAGAACGCCCGAGACUAUCGCUUGUACUGCAUACAGUAGGUAUAUCCUCGAUAUUGGUCAAUCUGAGGAUUGGCUCGCAUUGCAAAUGGCUCUUGCGCCUUGUUUAAUCGGGUACGGAGCCAUUGCCCAGAGACUGUAUACGGACAAGGAUACUCAGAGGCAAGGCAACCGUUACUGGAAGUGGAUUGAAAACUACGUUGCGGAGGACUACUCAGAGGCAGUUCGAUUGGGAUCUGAACUCCUUGAGAGACACAUGCGCGAGGUUUCUCCGAGCCGAAUGGAAGAGCUGAUUGAGAUAUUUAUUCGGGCAACGGAGUUAGAGAUCAGAUUCUGGGACAUGGGGUUGGGUGCUCGAUAG